CGCACCUCACUUAUCUAUUAUUCAUUUUCUGAUUAUGUUAAACAUCCAUUUCUUAUUUCCGCUCCCACUUCCGUGUCUUUUACACUAGUAGUAGUUAAUAUAUAUAUAUAUGUACACAACCAACCCCUGUCUAUCCGUUAACACAAUGGCGUCAAUUCACUAUUUUCUAUUAAUAAUCUGAAUAAAAAAAGAUGACUCUUGUUUUGUCUGGCCUAUUUUGCAAAGAAAGGCGAAAAUACUGACCAACUAUUAACUAGAAAAGGCCGAACAAAACAAAAGAAACAAAACUAUAUACGCAUAACAUAUAUACAUAUAUAUGUAUAGAUAUAUACAUUAUAUAACUAUAUAACAAUCGUCUAACACAGAUUCGAUCAGCCCGGAAAUUUGAGGAUUAAAUAUUAAAUGCAUGCUAAAUAUUUUCAUUAUUGUGUAUUGUGAAACUUCCUUUGACCAAUUCAUAAUGUGUUCUCUAUACCAUUUCUUGUUUCAUCUAAUAUAGAUAAAUCAUGUGAAUUAUCUUAAACAGAUUUUAUUAUUAUUAUUUAUUUCACUAAUAAUGAAUAUUUAUACACAAUGGUAAUUGAAUUUUGUACACUAUUGAUAUAACAAAUAUGAAUGAUAUCCAUAGUUUAACACCAUGUGAUUAUAAUAAUGAAAAGAAAGAUUUAUCAAGUUUAUCAAUAAAACGAAGUCGAUUAGAUCAUCAUCAUCAUCAUCAUCAUCAUCAAUAUCAACAUCAUCAAUCAACAGAAUUAACAAGUACAUCAGCGAAAAGAGCAUUCAUAACAGUUGAAGAUAAUGAAGAAGGUGAAUAUAAUUGUACACAGGAUAAUAUACUAAAUACAACAACUAAUUAUAUUGACACAGGAAUUAAAUUAACCUCUAAUGAUGAAUAUCAACAUCAUGAUUUAGAGAAAACAUCAUCAUCGUCAUCAUCAUCAUCGUCACCAAUAUCAACACCUACAACAAUAGCAACACAUCAAACAACAUCCAUCACAGUUGUUAAUAAUUCUAAUUCAUAUAUUAAUGAUGAAAAUACGGAUCAAUUAAAUGUAUUUAAUCAGAAAAAUAGAACAGAUCAGAUAAAUUUAUUUGAUGAUGAAAAAGAUGCACAUAUUCCAUCGAUACAAUUCCAAUUAAAUGAUCAUGAUUCUGAAGAUUUUACUACUGAAAUUGAUGGAAGUAAUGGUAAAUUAACAUUAUGGCAAUUUUUAUUAGAAUUAUUAUUAUCAAAUAAAUAUGAACAUAUUAUAAGAUGGACAAAUAAACGUGGUGAAUUUAUAUUAGUACAAGCUGAAAUUGUUGCAAAAUUAUGGGGUAUGCGUAAAGAUAAAAAUCAUCGUAUGAAUUAUGAUAAAUUAAGUCGUGCAUUAAGAUAUUAUUAUCAAAAAAAUAUUAUACGUAAAGUACAUGGACGUAAAUUUGUUUAUCAAUUUAUAGGAUUAAAAAAUUUAAUUAAAUUUUGUUGUACAUCAAUGAAUUCAACACCAAUAACAACAUCAGUGACAACAUCAAUAAUAACACCAACAAUAGUGACUUCAACAUUACAACAAACAUUGACACCAUUGAACAAUUUACCAACACAUUCAAAAAUCGAUGAUAUUGAUUUACCAGUAACAUCUUCAUUAUAUCAUACUGCUAGUAAAUUAAAUGAAUUAUAUAAUCAUAAUGAAAAACAACAUCAAGAUUGGUUUUAUACACCUUCUCAUAAUACUAAAUUUUAUGAAAAUCAACGUGAUUGUAAACAUACUACUACUAGUAAUACUAUUAAUAAUAUUCUAAAUACUAUUACGAAUGUGAAUAACUGUACUUUAACAUCUACACAAACUGAAAAAUCUCCAAAUUUGAACUGUUCAACUAAUAAUUUAACAUAUUUUCCUAAUAAUUUGGAUAUAACAACAAUUACAACAUUUAUCAAUUCAUAUUUGAAUAAGAACAACUACGAAACGAAUACCAUUACAAAUAAUAAUAAUAAUAAUAAUAAUAAUAAUAAUAAUAAUAAUAAUAAUAACAAUAAUAAUAAUGACAAUAAUAUCCUGCUAAAUCAUGUUGGUGAAUCAAUAUCAACCUUGUCUGAUCCGAGCCAGAUUAAAGCUUCACAUGAGAUUAACGACUUAAGUGAUUUUAUUUCUUCUUGGGUAUCUAUGAUGUCACAAAGUAAUUAUUUUAAUAACUUUCGGUUAAUGGAAUGUUUCAAACAAUCCGGUAGUUUAUUGAACCUGUUUAAUUGUCAUAAUAUUGAACAAUUCAAUGUUGAUCAAGAAAAACAAAUAUAUACAACUGAUACAUGUUGUCGAAUAGGACAAAACAAUUCAAUGUUAAAUAAAGAGAAAAUUAUUACCAAUAUUACCGAUAAUCAUCAAUUGAUGAAUAAUCAAAAUAUUGAUAAUUGUCCAGUGAAUUUACACGCUAAUUAUCAUCCGGACUUGAUGAAUAAUUAUGAUUCAGAAUUAUGGAAAGUUGAAGAUUUUACACAGUAUGAAAAAGAUAAUCCAAUGAAUUUUACUGCUACAAAUUUAAAAACAUCUGAGAAAUUACAAUUUAAACAAUAUUGUAAUCAAGAUAACAGACCUCGAUCACCGUGUUGUGAAUGUAGUUGUCAUUCACAAUUAACCCAUGAAUCUAAUCAUCCUCUAAUGCAAAGUAUACAACACCAAAUUAAUUCAUCUCAUCUAACAGACAAUAAUAAUAUCAUAGAAAAGUUAAGAGAUUAUUCAACUAAACAAUCAAUAACUGGAAGUUCUGAUGAACUACCAACCAAGUUACAUAAUAAACGUCAUUCAAUUAAUAUGAAACGUUUAGGUGAACAACUGACACGUUUAAAUCAUUUAAACUCAACAGGAAAUCAUUCAAAUAAUAAUUUAAUGUUUAUAAACAAAUAUUCUCCAGUAAAUAAUAAUAAUUUAACAAAAUCGAAUCUUAUGAAAGAUGAACAAAUUGCUAAUCAUAAUGAAGAUAUGAAUAGGAAUGAUUAUUUUUCUGCUGGUGAAUGUAAGAUACCACUGACAAAAAAUGUAAUGUUAUCUGAUUCGAAAAUGGCGUCGAAUUUAAAUUCUUCAACAGUAAACACCACUUACAACAAUAGUAGAACUGAUAACACGAGUAUGUCAUCCUUACCGACGUUAUCUAUGUCAGAGAAUAAAUGUGUAUGGAUGCCCGUACCUGUGACUAUGCUGAAUUCAUGGUUUAAUUUACUAUCGAACAUAAAAGGUCUUAAUAACAAUUCGUUAAAUCAAUCGAAUUUUAUGACAUUAUCCUCCUUUUCCACUUCCUCCUCCUCAUCAACAUCAUCAUCAAUGUCGUCAGCAUCCUUAUCAUCAACAGUGAAUAACAAUUAGACUGUCUUAAAUUUCUAAAAAUUUAAUAAUUAUUGCAUGAAAUACAUACUAUCAUUUACAUUUCAUUUUAGAUGAUCGUCAAAUUUAUACACAUCCUCGUUGGCUUAUACUAAUUAUUCUAAAUACCUUUUGUUAUCAUAAGUGAUAUGUGUAAACAUUCCACAUAUGAAAAAUAGUUAUAUAAUCAUACCUGUACAUUAAUUUAAUUACAUUGAAAUAAUUCACUAACUAAAGUAAACUGACCUCAAAAUCUUGAAAAGACAAAAUCUAACAACCAAUGCAUUUGUUUAUUUCAUUAUCUUUUUUUUCUAGUUUUAGUGAAAGAAAAACAGUAAAACAACGCUAUUAUUUCAGUUUAUUUUGUUUAGCCUAUAAUUUUCUUGCUAUUCUAAACGAAUAUACAUUCUUACGAGUGAUAUUUAAAGUUUGUUUUUCUUAUGCCAUCUGAGAUUCAUGUUGAUGUGGUAAUAUACUUAUAUUAUUUGUGAUAUAGCCCAAUUAUCAUCCAAUGAUAUCAUAGA